GUACGUAGUCGCAGUCAUAGUCGCGGUCGCCGUUUUGCGGUUGCGGUCGCAGUCGCCUGUCGUGUGUAGUUUUCCCUCGCCAUCCCAUAAGAACCGUUGCAGCCCGGCCCGGCCCGGCGUUUCGUAUUUUGUCGCAGAAGACCAGAAGAAGAUUUUCCCCCGCACCCAGAGAUCAGCGGGACUCGUGUGUCGUCGUCGCGCUUAAUUAAAUACUCUUAUUUUUUUUCCCUCCUUAUUAUUUUUUGUUGUGUUGUGUUGUUCCGACAACCCAAUUAAAUAUAGCUUUAAUUGUUUAAUAGCAACAACCAGCAGCAACAGCGCACAAAGAGCAAAAAGAAGUAAAGUUAAGUGCGAAAAGUAAAGUGAAGUUUCAGUGAGUUGAGUGAGUGUGAGUGAUUGAGUGCGCGAUUGGUGCCCCUGCGCGUGUGUGAGUGUGGGUAAACAAUUGGAGCAGUCCCACAAGUGGACAUUGGACACACACAAUACGAUCGCCCAGAGGGCUACUGCUAGUGCCCCAACUCGGAUUCCUGCCUAGUACCUGGUGGCCGCCUCUUGCGGCAAGUUCAAGUUCAAAGAGAGAGGAGAGAGCCACAGCCAGAGCUUCUCUACCGAGCUCGAGAGCACGUACCACGUACAAGCACAAUCCUCAUCCUCGGAUCUGGCGGGCCGUCCGGUCAGAACCACCACCUGUCGCAUAAGCAAAUCGUGAACGUUAAUUAAAUGUCAACAGAUCCAGCGACAAAGGAGCCAGGCGGUGAGGAGCCAGCGCAGAAGGGGUCGAUGGAGAACGGGGGUCCGAGAAGCCAAAUGAAUUGAAAUUUAAAUGGAAAUUGAGAAUACGUCGGCGAAGAGAAUCGCAACAACAUUGCGAAAUUGUGGCCAAAAUCUUUGCAUGAUUGUCAAAUAAAUCAAAAUAUUCAAGAAAGAGAAGCAGCGAGAGGAGAACUAAAAAAAAAAGAAGAAGCGAGAGAAGAAGAAUCCCAACGAGUAGUAUAAAGGAAAGAGUGAACAGCGAGAGAAGUAGCAAAGGACGAAAAAAAGAAUCCCUUCAAAGAGAAGACAACCUGCGAGAGACAAAAAAAGAGGAACAGCGAGCGGAGAAUCAACCAGAACCAGCCCAAGAGAGAGAGAGAUAAACUACAAGAAGUUCUAGAAGCUGCAGGAAAAUGGUUAACGCAGUGAUGGAUGCCAUUGCGCUGCUCAGCUCUUUGGCCAGCGAUCUGGAUGUAAUGCUGAACGAUCUUCGCUCAGCGCCGAGUCAUGCAUCAGCGAAUCAGCAGCAGCUGCAUCAGCAACCACAGCAACAGCAGCAGCAGCUACAAUCGAGGCAACUGCUGCAACCACUGCAUCAUUGGCAAAGCAUUAACAAUAAUAAUGUGCCACACCCACUGAAGGCAAUCCGAUCCACAACAAUAUCCACACAAAAUUGCCUUCAGAAUAAUCGUCGCCGUGUGGCACCCAAACCCUUGCCCCGGCCACCGCGACGCUCACGUCCAGCCAACGCCAAUGCGGCCAGGGAGGCUGUGGCUGUGGAUGAUGCCGCGGAGGAUACGGAUGCCAGCGAUUUGGCCAAUAUGACAUCACCGUUGAGCGCCAGUGCGGCGGCCACACGGAUAAUGGGCCUCUCGCCGGAGGUGAAGAAGGUGCAACGGCUGCCGCUCUGGUGUCAUCCGCAUACUCAAACGCCUACAUUGGUGCAGCUGCGUCCCCAGCGUCGUCCCAGUCAGCGCCAUCAUCAUCAUCAUGGGCUGGGGCCUUCAGUAUUCCUGGUGCUUCCCGGUCUGAAGAACUUUGCCAGCGAGGAUACGGACUAA